AUGUUAACCUUUGAUCCGAGUGAUUUCAGAAAACACGAACGCAUGUACAUCUGCUUUCAGUGACAGAAACUAUUUCAGCGUGUGUUUUUCCACCGUGACUUCUCGUUGCUGGUCAGACACAUAUUCUGCUUCAGAAACACGAACAGUUACUCUCCUCUUUCUUUCAAGCUGGCAGAGGAAGCUGCACUCCAUCGUUUAUAAUGUCUCAGGCCACCAAACGCAAACACGUUGUUAAGGAGGUUCUUGGAGAUUUUGUCACACCCACAGAAAACCAGCAGAUUGUGAAGGUUACUGGUAGUCGUGGCAACAACCUCCAUGAAACUGUCACAGCUCAGGGCGACACAUUCCUGGUGAGCAUGCCCACCAAGUUCCGCAAGAACAUCUGGAUCAAAAGAGGCGACUAUGUGAUUGUAGAUCCUAUAGAGGAAGGAGAGAAGGUGAAGGCAGAGAUCAGCGUUAUUCUCUACAAAGAUCACAUUCAAUACUUGCAGAAGCAGCAGCUCUGGCCGGAGGGCUUCAUGGAGGACCAGUCAGCACAGGACAAGUCAAACAAACAGCAGGAGAAGGAGGAAGAGACGGAGGAGAAAGACGAGGAGGAGGAGGAGGAGGAGGUCAGCGACUCCGAAGACGACGAGAGCGACCUGUUUGUAAAUACCAACCGCUGUAACUACGAAUACAGCGAGAGCGAGGAGGAGGACAGUGAGGAUGAGGACGAGGAGAAAAGGACAGAGAAUAGUUCAUAGCUGCAGCACUGAGCAUGAGAACGGACAAUUUAGAUUUAUGAAGAUCAUUGUGCUCUGCUCAUCACGGACUGACACGACGGUGAUUUGAAAAGGUCCUCAUGCAGCAGCUUCCUCUGCAGCUCCACGGCUAGUUGGAGGCGUUCAGUGGCCGAGCUCGCUUAAUGGACUCAAUAAUUCCUGCUUGUAAGAUUUAAUCUGGAAUGUGAAAAUGAAGCUGAAAUUUGACAACAAUCCACACUGAAUACAUUCCUUCUGUCUUCAGUUUUCAUGGUGACAACUUCUCACAAUUGUGUCCUCAUUUACCAGAACACUGUACAACCAGGAUGCACAGAACAUUUAUUUAUCCUCCAUAGGACAAAACAAAUACAUUUAAAAACUCCAAAAAACUGCAUUUUAGCUGUGUUUAUCAUAGCAGGCAGAAGCAGUCAUUCACUGCUUCAUUCUUUCACUGAAUCAUUCUGAUUGUGUUGAUUUUCAAAUGAAGGCUUUGAUGAUUUAAAACAUCCUGUCGUAAAGUUCCAGUCUCAGCUGACUUUCUAUUAGUUAUUUUGUCACCACGGCUGCUGUUCUAUUGACAUUUCCUAACAAGUUUCAGAUUUAGGUUUGAUUAAAGUUUUGGAACAAGUUAA